GUGAUAAUUCGUCAGCUGACAAUCCGUGUCAGGGCGUAAAAGGAUGUAUUUCUCAAGCCACACUUUGGCCAUAUCCAACCAAUUUAUUUGGAAAUAUUAAACGAAAUGUUCUGACCCUCUUCCUCGGUCAAUAAACUUGUCAAAACAACUAUUGAUGCCCCUUUAUCAGCCCGUAUCAAGUCAUGAUAAGACAUAUACAACUUGAAAAAGAGGAAUGAAAGGCAAAUUUGAAACUAUUUUGGAUUACUCGAUAAAGUGAAAUCAACUCUUAAUGAUGAAUAUAAUGAGAAAACUGCGUGGUAGUUCAGCAGGUGUUACAAUGCUUGAAGAUACCAACAUCAAUACCCAGCAUGCAGCCCUCGGGUUGAUGCAUUUGAAGAAACUGUUUUCCGAAUAUAGCCAUCUUUCUCAAUCGCUUUCAGAAAAAGAUAGAGAUGACAAACUGUACAAUAUGUUACCUUUAUUUUGUAAGGUCUUCGGUAAUUCUCCUUCAGCAGAUAUGUUAGAUAAGUUUCGAGAUAUAGCAGCUUUCUGCAAACAAGUCUCCAAGUUGAUGGUGUGUGAAAUAAGAAAAAGAGCUUCCAAUCAGUCGACUGAGAUGGCAAGUUGUGCCAUUGCCAAAUUUUUGGAAAUUGAAGGCUCAGAAGAAUCUAGCAACGGUUGGAUGUUACUGUCCACGUUGAAUCUGCUGGCUGCUGCAGGAAAUCCUCUAGUCCAAGUAAUGACAUCUGUAUCUUUACCUUCAACUCUAGUCAAAUGCCUUUAUCUCUUUUUUGAUCUGCCGGAAAUGGUGAAUCCCGAUAAUGCCGAUGAAAGUAGCGAGUUCACUCCCAGAGAAAGGAGGAUCCUUCUUCAAAAAAUAUUUGUCCAGGUGUUAGUUCGCCUUUGCAGUCACAUCGAACCGGCUGAAGAGCUGUCUCAGAAAAACGAUCUUACUCUCUUGUUCUCCGCUAUCACCAGCUGGUGCCCACCUCACAACGUACAUUGGAGGAAAUCGGCGGCAGAAGUUUUGAUGACUUUAUCUCGGCAUGGACUUUCUCCAUCUGUUGUUGCCUAUAUUCACAGUAAAGGCUGCAUUGCUCUCUGCCUUGAAAACAUGCAGAGGGGCCAAGAUCUUUCCCCAUUAGAAAUUGUUGAGAUGUUUGUCGCAGUUUUUUGUUUCCUCAAAGAUUCAAGCGAAGUGUCUCAAACUUUACUUGAAGAUUUCAGAACUUGCCAGGGAUAUACAUUUUUAAAUGACUUCCUUCUCAAACUUGAAAGUGAAAAGUCAGUGGAGGCUGGAGAAGCUAUGAGGAACUUAGUUUUAAUGAUACCUUCGCUGGCAAUGUGUGGACAGACGGAAUUAAAACCGAGCCAAGCCAGUAGUGGAUCUUUGUUCCAGAUGCCUGGUUUCGUUUUACCUCAACCUUCUGGCAAAGGUUCGAGUGUGAGAAAUAUUCAAGCUUUUUUGGUGCUCCAGACUUUGUUUUUGAAAUCCAGCUCUCCAACCCUGUGCUCUAUAUUAUUGGAUGCUGUUUCUAGUGUCUACCACGCAGAUAAUGCCAAUUAUUUUAUUCUGGAAAGCCAACAUACGUUACCGCAGUUUGCUGAAAAAAUUCAUCUGAAACCUGCAGAUAUUCAGGAAAAGUUAUUUAAGCUACUGGAAAUGAUAGUAUUUCAUUUAAACUUUGUACCUUGUAAAGAAUUAAUAUCGCUAUCAAUUCUACUCAAAGGACAAAAUUCUGUUUCUUGCAGCAUAAUUUGUAUGCAGACGUUGUUAAAUAUCCUCAAGCACAACUCUGUCUUCAAGGAUGCUUACCGAGAGGUAGGAAUCUUGGAAGUAUUUGUUAGCUGCCUCCAAAGGUAUCAAAAUCUUUUAAAGGAGAAGCAACUAGCGGAAGAGAAAGGAAUCGAAUAUAACAUCGGAAAAGAUCAUGAAAAACUCGGAUGUUUAGUAAUUGAAGCGUUAACCAUGUUGUUGAAUGGUAACACGAACAACGCUAACGUUUUCCGUGAAAGCGGAGGAGCCAAGUGCGCACUUGCUCUCGUCCCUUUCGCUGACUCGAGGUACCAAGCACUAGGAAUUAUUAGGGAAUUAAUGAUGAACGGCGGUGGCGAUGAAGACAUGGGAACUCUGUUAGCGAUGAUGCACUCUUCGCCAGCGGAUGCUCUGACCUUGAAGGGUCAUAUAUUAAAAUGUGUGCUCCAGUGCUUGAGGGAGAGCCAUAGAACCAGGAACGUAUUUAGAAAAGUGGGCGGUUUCGUCUACGUCCUGAGCGUGCUGGUUUCGAUGGAAGGCUGCCUCAAGGAUAACCCUCAGGCCCCAUGGCAAAAGUUCACACCCAAUCAGGUCCUCUCGUUACUCCAUACUGUCUUCAAUACGAUAACGGUGGCGAUGAGGUUUGAACCGGCUAAUGCUAAAUUUUUCCACCAAGAGAUCUGUUCAACAAGCUUAUGUGAUACACUUAGAUUAUUAGGAUGUUUUAGUGAAAAAACUAUUUUAGAAGAAAGUGAAGAUUUUGUCAAAAUGACUAAUGAAGAAAUACAUUUUCAUAAUCUAUUUACUGGAAAUGUCGUAGAACCUAAUUUACCCGAGCACGUUCCGAAGCAGUUAUCAUAUGCUUGCUUAGUUCUUCGUCUCCUUUAUGACGUUGCUGUGGAUGCAUUUGAAAAACCAAACCAACCGUCUUUGACAGCUUUCAAAUCUCCGUCACACAAACAUAGUGUAGAGACCCAGAAGUCUUUGGACUCUCCUGGAUCAGCUCGGAGGAUAACAUCGUUGAAUUUGACUCCUCCUGCUCCGGAACCCAUCAUUGUACAUUCGGGUGUAGUGAUCGCUAUGUUCCAUCUCUUACCUUCGAUAUCUCAUCAUGAAAACUCGCAGAUGUCACUUGUAUUACAAGUCUACUGUUCAGAAAUAAUUAAAUCAUUAGUUCGAUGCGAAAGAAAUCAACAGGUGAUGUGUGAAGCUGGCUUACCAGCUCAUAUCUUGUUCGUAGCGUCGUCUGCCUUACAACAAGAGACCCAUCCUCUUCACCCACCGAUUCAGUACAUGAUAGAAAGGCUAGCAACGCAAGCUCUGGAACCCAAAGAUCUAAGGGAGUUCUUAAGGUUGGGGUCGCCGCUCAACUGCCUGUCCCUCGACGAUAUCAGUCGAGGCUGCAGAGGCGGCGGUCAAGUACCACUCACACGAGUCAAGACUCUAGUUUCGAUGACGACCCCUCGCUCUCAGUCUACUUGCCCGCCGUUCACCGAGUUCGACAUGUCCGCAGAGGGGUUUGGCUGCCUUUAUCUGCCAUCGGUGGCUCCCCAAUCUCCCUCUGCUCCUACGGUCACAAGUUUGACUUCGCCCGACACGACAGUCAUCGGUGGCAUUGGUGCUGGUGAUCGACUGUUCCCGCCGCAGACCGGUUUGAGCUAUUCAACUUGGAUCUGUAUCGAAAGGUUCUGCGACCCGCGGGUCGACCCUCACGCCGUCAGGCUGCUCACUUUAGUCAGGACUCUUCACCCCGCUAAGGAACAGCAUCUUAUCUGUCUCUCGGUUUGUCUUUCUGCGAGGGACAAAGCCAUCAUCGUUACGACGCAAGAAACUCCUUUAUCAAUCACUGGACCAGAUUGGGAACCAGAAGCUGCUUCUGAUUGGACGGCCAGGGUCUGGUGCCCCGACCUCCUGCAAGAAGGCCAUUGGCACCACCUCCUUAUAGUCUUGAACAGAGCUGUUCUCAAAAAUUCUGCUCUUUCGAUUUAUGUCGAUGGUCAGCAUGUACAUACUCAAAAGAUGCACUAUAUAUCUCAAAAUCCUGGUGGAGGAGCGGCAAACCUGACCGUAGCCUCUUCUGUGUACGGGUACAUCGGGACUCCUCCUAUAUGGCGCCGCUUCUCGCGAUUAUCUUGGAAGCUAGGUCCUUGCCAUCUCAUCGAAGAGGUUCUCAAUCCACAUUCGGUCCCGAUCAUUUAUCAACUGGGUCCGCACUACUUGGCUAGUUUUCAAUCUCCACAAAUCCAUGGAAGUGAACCGAUGGCUCCAUUAGUAACUGAAGACAAAAUCGUGUUUGGCCUGAAUGCCAAAGCUGCUUCGCAUUUAACUUUAGCCAAAAUCAGAAAAUUGUAUAGCAGGGCUGAUAACAAAUCUAUUGCUAAGCAGUUAGGAAUGUCAUCUCAUGAAAACGCAACUCCUAUCAGAAUCCUACACAAUUCAGUCGGCCAUUUGAGCGGCGCUGCUCGUUCGCUCGGAGGAGUUGUCGUUGGAUACCUUGGUGUAAGGGUUUUUACUCCCAGGCCUGUUUCAAAAAUGAUAGAUACUGUUGGAGGCUGCUCGGUUCUUCUUGGUCUUAUUUCUAUGGCCCAAGACGUUGAGAGCCUUUAUGCUGGUGUUAAGGCUCUCGUGUGUGUUGUUAAAAGUGACAGAGUGGCACAGUCUGAGAUGGAUCGAAGGCGGGCAUAUCAGACGCUAGCUAUGCUCUUACGACGGAAAAAGCAUAUUCUCAACUCACAUAUACUUCACCUGAUUUUCAGUCUCGUUGGGACUGUAGAUUCGGGGCGAGAAAGCUCAACUAUUCCGAAUGUUAUGGCCUUCCAAGACCUUUUAUGUGAUAUAGAGGUUUGGCAUGAAGCUCCAGGUGAUAUCCAGAGGAGUUUGUUCGAGCAUUUAUAUGAACUAGUUGCUGAUUCAAGUGAAAAGAGAGUCAAUAUUAGCUUGAUCAGGCAAAUGAGGCUGGUGCAACGAUUACUGUACAUCCUGCCGACUGUCAAGAGCGGAACGACAAGAGAUCUCAUCCUCACUCUUCUGGGUGCGUUGCUGUUGGCACAGCCUCAUCCCAACGAUAUUCUUUGCUUUGGACAGUUCAUAAUAUCCACCCUCCCGUGCUCUCCUGGUGCUCUCGAAAGGCAGAUUUCUCUUCAAGAAGUCAUGCCUGUUAAGAAUGAUGGACAGUUAACAUUCGAAGAAUUAGCUGAUUCAGAGGAGUCCAUGAACGCAAUUUUAUUGAGAAAUAGAUGUCUCCAACUGUUUCAUAGUCUUCUUUUCACUCCUCGAAACACCGUCAAUAACAGUUUUUGUGAGGAUAUCGCUCAUGUGCUUGGCCUCGAUUGGCCCCUGCUGUUUCUCCAACAACAGUUACAUCCGACUACUGUCGUAUGGGGUCUGCGGAUUCUAGUUGUCCUGUGUUCUAUAUCUAGCCUCCUCUCAAAGUUUAAAGAGGGCUCUUCUACCGGAGGCUGGCUUCAGGAUACAGAGCUCGUUGUUCAGAAUAGAAUGGGUGUUGUAUUAGCGGGCUGCCAGCUGGGAGCCGCCAUUCCGAAGAAGGAGUCACGCUGCGAGAACAACGGCCCUCCAGGAUUCCAGCAGCUGUCCUGGCUGCUCCAGCACCACGUCGACGUCCCACAGAUCUAUUUCCUCCUCAUGGGGCUCAUGAUGGGCCAGCCGGUCAAGUUGUUACCUCCCGAGUCUAAGUUAGAUUUAUUGAACGCUUGGAGCUUGCUUUUUAAUGUUCCUGCUAAUCAGUCGAUGUCGAGCGUGAUGGGUAGGUUCACGCUAUGCCCGGAUGCUGUGACAGUUAUGCUCUCAAUGGUUCGUGUGCUCCUCAACACUCGUAAUAAAGCUUCAAGUGAAGUCGAGGCCGAUCGGGUCCAUUAUGCAGUGAACAUUAUCCAGUUUCUGUUUUUGGUGUACCACAGCAACCAACACCUGAUACCAAUAUUCAUGAGCCAAGAUGUCCUUACCGCUUUGACCAACACUCUUUUUCCUGCUUGCAGCGAACCACCAACUCCAGCUGAUGAAGUUUUUCAUGUGGAUUCAAAAGAUAUGCCAAGCGGAGUUGGCCAAGAACCUCCAAAUAACCACCCAGCUAAUAAAUUCGUAAUGGAUUUGAUACGAUUCAUUAUUUUCGAUUCUCUUUCGUUGCCAGUUUCUGCUAAGACCACUCCUCCUCUCGACAUUGUGCUAGAGUGUUCCGGUGAUGUUGGGAAUAUUAACGACCAGUCAAGGAUACAGACAGAAGUCUUGAGCUCACUAAUGGACCACUUGGUCGCAGCUGACAUCCUCAUCGGAGAUCAAGCAGCCUUACCGAUCGUGCAAGGAGGAAACAUCAGCAAUAUCGCACCAAAUGUAUCUUAUUUGGCUGCACGGACGGUUGACAAGAUGUGGCAAGGAAUGUUAGUGAAAGAUCCUCAUGAAGUAUUCGAUUUCAUUGUAAAAUUGUUAACUCAAGCAAAAAGGAGGCAGGUAUCGACUUGUACUGAAACGCUAUAUCAUUGCCUCAAUAGGACGAUACUUUAUCUUUUGUCCCGUGGGACGGAUACGAUCCCCGAUCAAAUGCCCGUUCUGGAUGCUUUGCAUAAAAUCACUAAUAACAGGGGAUUAAUUUUUGGAGCAGGAAAUCAUGAACUAGAAUUUAUCGGUUGCCUUACAUAUUGCCUUUUACAGCUAACAUCGGAAAUGAAAAUAAUAAUGGAUGCAAAUACUAAAACAACCUGGCACGUAUCGCCCCAUUCUGAUGAUACCGAUGAACUUACUCUGAGGCAAGGACAGAAUUUGAUCGGAGUAGCCGCUCGUAGGGUUUGGGAUGAGUUAUACAUUUGUAAAAAACCUUUGAUAGAAGAGGUUUUCAAAAUGACUCUACCUGCUACCAACAAUAAAGGCCCUGACUUAGCCGAUAUUAGGGAGCAAGUUUACGAAACAGCGACUAAAAUUUGGCUGAACUAUGUCGAUUCAGAGCGAAAGGCAUCCUAUAAAAAUCCUUGGGAAAUCCACAAUCAGAUACAAUCGAAAAUUCAAAAAGUCACAGGAGGUCUCACUAGGUUAGCCAGCCGAUCCAAAGUUAAAAAGGAAGAGUCGUUACGAGUGAAAUCACAGGUGAGCGGGAGUGGGAGCGAGUUAGAAUCAACGGCUACCACUCAGCAUCAAGUUGCCCUCAUUAAGGAAUUGGUGGAGCUGCAAUCAAAGCAGCAUAGCCAUAACCAAGAUUACAUGGAACGCUAUGUCCUCGACGAAUGGCUUCAAAUCGAAACGGAACUUACCAGGGAGAGAGCUCUCUGGGGACCUCAGCUCCCCUCGAGGCUAGAUAAGUGGAUGCUGGAUAUGACUGAAGGACCAUGCCGUAUGAGGAAAAAAAUGAUGAGGAACGAUCAAUUUUACAUCCACUAUCCGUAUAGACCUGAAUUAGAUUCUAUUGAAAAUAAAUCGCUGAAAUACAAAGUAGCUACCUGCUGGGACAGUAAAGAGUACUACCAGAAGUUCAAGGCCCACGCGAUCAGCGAACAGGAGAAGAUAAUUAUCGAAGAGAGAGAGCACAAUCACCAAUCAGUCGAUUCUAAUGAAGACAUCCCUAAUCACCAUGGAAACGCGGCAUUGGAUAAUUUGGAAAGUGGAGUAUUGCGAAGAGCUGUGAAGAGGUCAGUGUCCGAACCUGAUGAAGGCGGUGAUGAUUGUGAAGUAGACGUCGGAGGGAUUGAGGAAGAGAGUCCUACCGACAACCAAACCAUCCUCAGGCUCCUCGAACCCAAUGAAAAGAUAAGUCACAUGUUUCGAUGUGCAAGGAUUCAAGGUCUUGACACCAUGGAAGGCCUUCUCCUUUUUGGUAAAGAACAUUUGUAUAUUGUCGAUGGCUUUACUCUCCUCAAGUCUCGAGAGAUCAGAGAUAUUGAGUGUCUACCUCCGGAUACAUACGACCCAAUUCUUCCUCCUCAAGGGACAGUGUCUUCUUCCAAACGACAAUGCUCAAAAUUUAACUAUGAAGAUAUAAGAGAAGUACAUAAAAGAAGAUAUUUGUUACAACCGAUGGCUCUCGAAGUGUUCUCUGGUGAUGGAAGGAAUUAUCUUCUCGCUUUUCCAAGAAAAAUCAGAAAUAAAGUUUAUCAACGAUUUUUGUCAUUUGCUACUGGAUUAGCAGAUAGUGCUCAGCAAUCUGUGGCUGGUCAGAAGCGUACUGCGAAUGUCGAGCAAACCGCGAGUCUUCUAUCUAGUCUUAUAGGGGAAACAUCAGUUACUCAGCGAUGGGUGCGUGGAGAAAUUACUAACUUCCAGUAUUUAAUGCACUUGAACACCCUCGCUGGCCGCAGUUACAACGACCUGAUGCAGUAUCCCGUCUUUCCUUGGAUCUUGGCCGAUUACGAUUCAGAAAGAUUGGAUUUGACCGAGGCGUCCACUUUUAGGGAUUUUACUAAACCAAUGGGAGCCCAAAGCCCCGAGCGUCUUGAACAAUUCAAGAAAAGGUACAAAGAGUGGGAUGAUCCCCACGGUGAAACUCCUCCGUACCAUUACGGCACGCAUUACUCCUCCGCAAUGAUAGUCUGUUCCUAUUUAGUGAGGAUGGAACCUUUUACGCAACACUUUUUGAGGCUACAAGGAGGACAUUUCGACCUAGCCGAUAGGAUGUUUCAUAGCAUCCGUGAAGCUUGGCUAUCUGCGUCUAAACAUAAUAUGGCUGAUGUGAAAGAACUCAUUCCUGAGUUUUUCUACUUACCGCAGUUUCUGACCAAUGCUAACAACUUCGAUUUAGGGUGCAAACAGAAUGGUAUACAGCUCGGAAAUGUUGUCUUGCCACCUUGGGCUAAAGGUGACCCAAGGGAAUUCAUCAGGGUGCAUCGACAAGCGUUGGAGUGCGACUACGUUUCUCAGAACCUUCACCAUUGGAUCGAUCUCAUCUUCGGCUGUAAGCAACAAGGGUCCGCUGCUGUCGACGCUGUCAAUGUCUUCCAUCAUCUUUUUUAUGAAGGAAACGUCGAUAUUUAUAACAUUGAUGACCCUCUGAAGAAAAAUGCUACCAUCGGAUUUAUCAACAACUUCGGACAAAUCCCUAAACAGUUGUUCAAAAAAGCCCACCCGGCGAAGAAGCUCGGACAGAGAGUGUCCGUCUUGGACCCGACCCCAAUCAGCACUGCUCCCUGCUUCUUAGUCGAAAGGCUCUUCUUUCAUAAUCUAGAUAAUCUGAGGCCGUCACUUCAUCCAAUCAAAGAGCUGAAAGGAUCCGUUGGCCAGAUCAUCCAGUGGGAAAAAUCUGUUCUUGCCACGGAACAGAAUAAAGUUCUCGUGCCUCCAAAUUAUACUCGCUACGUUGCUUGGGGAUUUGCUGAUCAUACCCUGAGGAUGGGAAACUAUGACAGCGAUAGAGCCAUUUUCACCUGCGAGACUGUCAUGCACACAGUUGGCGAGAUAGUUGCCUGUGUUUGCCCUAAUGCUAAAACCAUUAUUACAGCAGGAACAGGCUCGGUGGUCACCAUAUGGGAAUACAACAAGAAGCAGAUUAGCGUGGUGCAAACACUGACCGGGCACAGCGAAGCGGUCAUCUGCCUCGCGGCAAGCCCUGCCUACAACGUAAUAGUCUCUGGUUCCAGGGAUGCCACCGCCAUCAUUUGGGACCUUUCACAUCGCAUAUUUGUCAGGCAGUUGAUCGGGCACAAUGCUCCUGUCGCUGCCGUCGCAAUCAAUGACCUCACUGGAGACAUAGGAACUUGUGCAGGAACUUGGCUCCACGUUUGGACAAUCAACGGAGAACAGCUCUGCAGUGUCAACACCAGCGUGGGCAGGGCUGAUAGGAUGCAGCAGAUCUUGUGCGUAGCCUUCUCCGAAUGCAGAGAAUGGGACUCACAAAACGUAUUGUUGACGGGAUCUACUGAUGGAGUUGUCAGGAUGUGGUCUAUAGAUUACGUUCAAGUGCCUAAAGACUGCCCGCUGUCCGGAGACAGUAUGAUCGACGAUCCUCCUCCUACCCCGAGACCUCUAGCAUAUCCUUUGAUCAAAAGCAAAUCGAAGAGUGUUGUCGAGGAAACCAAAUCCAGCGUUCACAGGCGCCUUGGCAAACAGAUGCACGUUUCCAGUUUAUCCACUGACUACCCGAAUGAUGAUAGAGUUGCAAGCCUUGCUGCUAAAAGUGGAUCUGAAAGCAGCUUGUCGGAGGAGUGUGAAAAGCAGCUGAUAGAGAACGAGAAAAAGAAGGCUGAAAUUGAAGCUCAAGCUCAAAAAAAGAAACCGGAUAUUCAAUUAGAAGAAAAAGAGAAGUGCAGUGAUGAAGAAGAUGCAAAUAAGAAGAAAGAAGAAGACCAACCACAGCCCGUCGUCAGGCGAAGGCGAUCCUCAGUUCGAAAUAAUGCUCAGUUGAGAAAAUCAGAAUGUAUACCUGAUCGUGUCGUCGAAACAGAGAGUGGUUCUGGCGAUGAAAGCCUCAAAAUCAGGCCAAGUAAAAGCGACACUUCUCUUACGGAGAGCUUUGUCAUAGUCGGCGGCAACGGCGAAGAAGUCGGGGAAAUGCCAACUCCACCGCCUCGAAGGGCUCGCCAGUCUCCCCACCUCCUCAGAGAUGGUUUUAUGUGGCAGAAACAAUUAGUUUUCAGAAGUAAACUGACGAUGCACACCGCCUACGACAGAAAGGACAACACUGAACCAGCUUCCAUUACAUCCUUAGCAGUGUCUAGAGAUCAUAGGACUGUAUACGUUGGAGAUGCUCGUGGUCGGGUAUUUUCUUGGAGCGUCGGUGAACUAGCCGGAAGGGUUGACCAUUGGUUGAAGGACGACGGAGCCGAAGCGUGUGCCUCUUGCAGGGUCCGCUUUAGUAUUUACGAGAGGAGGCAUCACUGCAGGAAUUGCGGUCAGCUUUUCUGUUCCAAAUGCAGUAGAUUCGAAGCUGAAAUAUCACGCCUUCGCAUUUUUAAACCAGUCAGGGUCUGCCAGGGUUGUCAUACAUCGCUGCGCAACAUGCAGAAUCAUUGA